AUGGAAGCGAAUUUCUUGUCUUGGCACCAAAUGAAGUUGUCAGUUAAAUAUGAUGUUCUUCCUAAACUGAUGAAUCAUAAAACCGAUGUUUGUUGUGGCAAGGAAGCAACUUCAGAUAAAAGAAUUGAAAUCAAUGAGGGAGAGUUAAGAGAAACUUUUUUACUGAAGAAUAGCAGACUAAAGAAACAUGAAACACGUUUCAGUGAUGUAUGA